AUGCUGAUCGAGGCAAUAACGUCAAAGGUCGCUCUCGAUUGGAUGGUUUCGCGUGGCUACAAAAGUUUGAAAAUUCAGUAUGGGAAGGGAAAGGAGCCAAGAAUUGAAUCAAAUGGUUUACCAAUCGCAAUCGAAGUGUACGAUUUUUUACCGUCACUGGAUGCUGAUAUGCGCAAGGCAGAUUUGAUCAUUAGUCAUGCUGGCGCAGGGACCGUCAUGGAGGCUUUGAGAUUACAAAAAAAGCUCAUCGUGGUGAUCAACACAAUGCUGAUGAACAAUCACCAAGAAGAGCUCGCAGGAGCAAUGGCAGAGCGGGGACACUUAUUGAUGGUCGAAAAGCCAGAAAAACUAGACGACAAUCUAACCUGGGUUUCUUUCAACGAUUUUGAGCCAAUAGUGUAUGAAGGCGGAGACGAAGACUCGUUUGCGAUACUGCUCGACUCGCAUCUUGGUUUCUCGAGCAAGAAAGCUGACUAG